GAAGGGAGUUUCACAACAUGUGAUCCACCAACCAUCGCUGCCUCCGCAGUGCUGGCUUUACGGUGCAGCAUUUGGCUACUGUGAUAACCCUGGGACCUGGCGAUGAGUCCGAGUCCCUGCUUUAGGUGAUCCUGUGGUGAUGGCCCCCCCACUGGCUUCACGAACUGCGGGAACCGAACCGUCCAUGUCGGCAGGGAUCCAUUUCAGCUGGGUCUGUCUCGGUCGGUGAUGUGGAAAAUGUCAGCACUCGGCAGACUACAUCCAGCAUGCCUCUCGCUAUGGCUGUGGCAACGAGCCGCACGCGCCUACUCCAGUCUACUCGUGACCUGGAGAACACUCGCUGAAGAUGAAUCCCUGCAUCGUGCAGAGUUCUCCAUACAAUUGUUCACCCGUGCGCCACUCGCCGGUUCACCUAUGUGACACUACUCGUUUUACACGCAAUGAGUGUUUGGAGCUACGUUCCUGAAUAUAUUCUAGAACGCCGAAUGGAGCAUGGCUUCCAAAUGCAACAACAAAACUUCUAGUUUGAAUUUUUCAAAACAUUGCCUAGAGCCACUGCUCAUCUCAUGGUUUGUUGGUUUAAUUAGUUUUUUUUAGCGUUUAUACACUACAGUUUAUUUUGCUAAGAAGCCCAAACUGAAUUUGUUUCGGUUCGUAACAGGCUUGUCUUUUGAUCUCAUGUGCCCCGGUUACGCGGUCAUCAGCAAAUUCUUGGAAUUUCUCGCCACUCUGAGUUGAUCUGAUGUCAUUGUAGGCAAAGUCUCCAAUGCAAAUAUACUGAUUUGGUCAUGCUGGAUUUUAUAUUAACUCUGGAUAACUUUGCCAAUCUUAUUAAGCAAUGAUUGCUCGAGAGUAAUGGAAAAAUGUUCGUGCAUAUAUGAAGCCUGGGGUUUGCGUGAACUUAUUUUAAAGAGAGCUAAUUGGGAGAUUCCCCUCCCCCCCCUCAAUAGCCUCGAUUGAUGAUAAAAGUAACAAUCAUUUAUAAACCACUUUGCGGUGCACAAAUAAAAUAGACUACAAUUGUGAUGCCAAGUGUGGAAUUAAUGGUACCAUUCCCGGCCUUGGCUAACACCAGUGGCCAGUGAUUUCCGGCACCGAUGCUGGGCCUCCCCUUCAGGCUGCACUCUCCAGCAUGGUGAAGUAUGGUCAAACCAAUCACCAUGGCAUGGCACGGAGAGAGGCCUGCGAUUAGCAGGGCAGUGACCACAAGGGGCUGUACAUUAUUCUAUUGUGCAUCGGCGGUAGGGCUUGGGCGGGGACAUUGCGAGCAGGCGCCGAUGGACCAGGGUGAUGGAAAUGGCAGCCAAAUGAGAGAAGGGACGACCACCACAGAGAAGUUCCCGGAGUGCGGCUUCUACGGCAUGUACGAGAAGAUCCUGCUCUUCCGCCAUGACCCGCAGUCUGAGAACGUCCUGCAGCUGCUAACGUCGGCGGAGAGCGUGAAGGAGGGCGACCUCAUCGAGGUGGUCCUGUCCAGAUCGGCGACUUUGGAGGACAUCCAGAUCCGGCAGCAUGCUCUCUUCGUGCACUCGUACAAGUCGCCCACGUUCUGCGACCACUGUGGGGAGAUGCUGUUUGGUCUUGUGCGGCAGGGCCUCAAGUGCGAGGGCUGUGGACUCAACUACCACAAGCGCUGCGCAUUCAAGAUCCCCAACAACUGCAGCGGCAUGCGCAAGCGACGGCAGUCCACGCACUCGACAGGAAGCUCCGACGACUCGUGCUCCCUGCGCUCGGACAGCACGCCGCUGGCGUGGCGCGACAAGCGCACGGCCUCGUGGAGCGGCCGCCCCGUGUGGGUGGACCGUGCCGUGGCGGGCAAGGUGAAGGUGCCGCACACGUUCGUGACCCACUCCUACAAGCUCCCCACCAUGUGCCAGCACUGCCGUCGCCUGCUCAAAGGCAUCUUCCGCCAGGGGCUGCAAUGCAGGGACUGCAAGUUUAACUGUCACAAUCGCUGUGCCGCCAAGGUACCCAAGGAGUGCAUUGGCGAAACACUUUUCAAUGGAGGAGAGAGCGACGUGGUGAUGGAGGAGAACAGCGACGACAGCAGCGGGAGGAGCAGCGAGCCCGACCCGCAGGGCGACGUCGACAUGCCAGAAGACGCCGACCCGGACUUGUUUCCUGACCGCCCAAUCGGGCAAACUGCAAGCAACAUCCCGCUGAUGCGCGUGAUUCAGUCGGUGCGGCAGACGAAACGGCGGUCAAGCACCGUGCUGCGCGAGGGCUGGAUGGUUCACUUCACCAACAAGGACAACCUCAGGAAGAGGCACUAUUGGCGCUUGGACUGCAAGUGCAUCACUCUCUUCCAAUCGGACACGGGCAGCAAGUACUACAAGGAAAUCCCGCUGUCGGAGGUCCUGCGCGUGGAGGCUGCCCAUAGCUUCACCAUGCUGGGCCCGCAGAGCCGCCCCCACUGCUUCGAGCUCAUCACCUCCACCAUGGAAUACUACGUGGGCGAGAACCUGGGCCUUGCCGCCAAGGUGGAGUCCGGUGCCGACGGCGACGCAAAGGCCGUGAUGCGGCCCAAGGAAGGGGGUGGCCGCGGUGGCUCGAGCCGCGACUACAGCCUGCUCAACUCGGGCCUCGGCGCCGAGGUGGCGCACGCGUGGGAAAUGGCCAUCCGGCACGCCCUCAUGCCCGUCAUGCCACAGCAGCCAGCCAACGCCUCUUCCGCCACGGGCGCCAAAUCACACGCGGAGGUGUGCGUGAGCUUCUCCAUGUCCAACUGCAAGAUCCAGGAGAACGUGGACAUCAGCAGUAUUUACCAGAUCUUCCCCAACGAGGUUCUGGGCUCGGGCCAGUUCGGAGUGGUGUAUGGAGGGAAGCACCGUAAGACUGGGCGCGAUGUGGCUAUCAAGGUGAUCGAUAAGCUUCGCUUCCCCACCAACGAGGAUAGCCAGCUCCGCAACGAGGUGGCCAUACUGCAGAGCCUGCAGCACCCGGGCGUGGUCUACCUGCAGAGCAUGUUCGAGACGGCGGAGCGCGUCUUCGUGGUCAUGGAGAAGCUGCACGGGGACAUGCUCGAGAUGAUCCUGUCCAGCGAACGUGGCCGGUUGCCCGAACGCAUUACCAAGUUCUUCAUCUCACAGAUCCUCAUGGCGCUGCGCCACCUGCACUUCAAGAACAUCGUGCACUGUGACCUGAAGCCGGAGAACGUGCUGCUCGCCUCCUCGGAGCCCUUCCCGCAGGUGAAGCUGUGCGACUUCGGCUUCGCGCGCAUCAUCGGCGAGAAGUCGUUCCGCCGCUCGGUGGUGGGCACGCCGGCCUACCUGGCGCCCGAGGUGAUCCGAAGCAAGCAGGGCUACAACCGCUCGCUCGACAUGUGGUCGGUGGGCGUCAUCAUCUACGUGAGCCUCAGCGGCACCUUCCCCUUCAACGAGGACGAGGACAUCAACGAGCAGAUCCAGAACGCCGCUUUCAUGUUCCCGGCCAACCCCUGGAAGGAGAACUCGCCCGAUGCCAUCGACUUGAUUUCACACCUGCUGCAGGUGAACACCAGGCAGCGCUUCAGUGUGGACAAAUCGCUCAGCCAUCCAUGGCUGCAGGACUUCCAAACGUGGCUGGACCUGCGAACGUUGGAGACGCGCCUGGGCACGCGCUACCUGACGCACGAGAGCGACGAUGCACGCUGGAUGCAGUUUGCGCGCACGAGCAAGACUUGCGUGCCCGCGCACCUUGUGCCCGAGCGCCAGCCCGAUGGGAUCGACUCUGACCCGGAGGAUGCCGAGUCGCAGCGCAUAACGCGCCUCUAACCACCCACGCGCCCACCCACCCGCUCGCUGAACCGCUCGCCCCCCCGCUGGCACGCGGGAAAUGGCAGCACGGACAUUGGCCCUGCACAUCGGUGCGUUUGCAGGAUGUGUCUGCCUGCCUUGCCUGCCAUUUGAACGUUGGGCAGGACCUGCAGCUGCUUGCACGAACAAAGGGAUGAACUGCGAAUUUAUCGCUCUGGCAAGGGCGCAAGAGACAUUGCAAACACACCUUUCACUCGAUCGUUUAUUCUUGAGGGUAUUUGCUCUUUUUUUACAGUACGUUUGUUUUUAGAUUACAAUCCGAAGCAAUCAAAAGCUUAAAAAAAUAAUGUGGA